ACGCAUGAGGUCAGGGAAUCCAGUCGUAUUCUGGAUUAGCAAUUCCUCUUAGUUUUCUUCUUUAUCUUUCAUGAACUAGACUCCUACGGUUGUCUUUCAUAAUUCACAUACCCCUACACACAAUGCCACUUGAGAAGAUGAUGAGCAAAGUAGGGUAUGUGUUGUUUCUAGCACUCAACUUGAUCAUACUCGUAAGAGUUUCAGACUCUGUGGUUCCAGAGGAAGAAGUCGAAGCUCUUCAAGAAAUUAUGGAGUUAAUGGGUACAACAAAUUGGAGGUUGAAUGGUAAAUCUUGUCAACUUGAAGUGAUCUCUGAAGUGCAAAAGCCCCACCCCGAAGCUGAUGCCAGGGUCGAAUGUGACAUUAACUGUAACAAUGGCAACUCCAGCAACUGUCAUGUUGUAAGCAUCACUCAUAAGUAUUAUAGUCUUGGUGGUGUCCUUCCACCCGACCUCGUAAAGCUUCCUCACCUUCAUACUAUUGAUUUUGCGUUCAAUUACCUUGGUGGCACGAUACCGUCUGAAUUGGGUUCAAUACCGUUGCAGUCAAUCUCUCUUCUUGGAAACCGUUUUUCUGGGGAAAUACCAGGGGAGCUGGGGAAUAUUACAACUUUGACAUAUUUGAACCUUGAAGCAAACAACUUUUCUGGGACUGUUCCUUCUGAACUGGGAAGAUUAAUUAAUCUACAAGCAUUGAUCUUGUCCUCAAACCGGUUGACGGGGACGUUGCCUGCAUCCUUUGCUGAAUUGAGAAAUUUGAAAGAUUUUAGGAUAAGUGACAACAACUUCAGUGGGUCCAUACCUAACUUCAUACAGAAUUGGAGACAAAUCAGUAAACUAGAAAUGAUUGGGACUGGGCUGCAGGGACCAAUUCCUUCAAACAUAUCUCUUCUUCAGGAUUUAACGGAUUUGAGGAUUUGUGAAGUAAGUGGGUCAACUCAGGGAUUCCCUUCGUUAGAUAGUGCUACCAAUUUACAAACAGUUGUAUUGAGAAGCUGUAACAUUUCCGGAGAGAUACCUGCUUAUAUUUGGCAAAAAAGAGAUCUUCAAUUACUGGAUGUCAGCUUUAACAAGUUAGUUGGGGGAAUAUCUCGUAACAUCGUCGGUAGGAGCUUGCGUUUCGUGUUUUUGACUGGCAACAUGCUAAGUGGAGACAUACCGGACACGCUUUUGAUAGAAGGAGCUACAAUUGACCUAUCCUACAACAAUUUUACAUGGCAAGGGCCUGAUCGACCUACAUGCAAACCAAACAUGAAUCUAUACCUUAACCUGUUUAGGAGUUCUUCAACGGGGAACACAUUACAGGAUAUACUUCCAUGCACAAGGGAUGCCACAUGUCCUAAAUAUGGAUGUUCCUUACAUGUUAACAGUGGCGGAGAUAAUUUGAGGGUAAAUGAAAACAAUGUUGAAGUUCUUUAUGAAGGAGAUGCCUCAUUUGAUGGCAGUGCAGGAAGUUUUCAUAGAAGCACUAAUAAUUGGGGACUUAGUAGCACCGGGGACUUCCUGGAUGACUAUAUUCAAACAAACCGAUAUGUAGAAUCUUUGCAGGGAACGAACUUAACUUCUCUUUACACAACAGCCCGUCUCUGUCCACUAUCUCUUACUUAUAUCAGCUAUUGUUUGGAAAAUGGGGAUUACAUUGUUAAUCUGCACUUUGCUGAAAUACAAUAUACUAAUGACAGUACCUACCUAAAUCUUGGCAGGCGGAUAUUUGAUAUCUAUAUCCAGGGACAAUGUGUUAAAAGGGACUUCAAUAUUGAAGAUGAGGUUGGGAUAAGAAGGCCGGUUGUAUUACCCUUCAAUGCUAGUGUCAUAAAUAACACCCUAGAGAUACGCUUUUACUGGGCUGGUAAAGGGACAACACGUUUACCCAAGAGAGGACGUUAUGGGCCCCUCAUAUCAGCUAUAUCCAUUAACCCAUAUUCUAAGAAAUGUGCAAUUGGAGGGAAGACAAAGAAGACAAACAAAAUUGCUUAUGCUGGUUUUGCACUGGUGGGAUUGUGUCUUCUGUUCAUAAUCUCGGCUGUCCUAUGGUGGAAAAGGUGUUCAGAAGACAGAAAAAGGAAUGAUAAAGAUUUUGAAGGGCUGGAGUUCAAAACAACAUCUUUUUCCUUUAAACAACUAAAAACUGCUACAUGCAACUUCAAUGCUACAAGCAAAAUAGGAGAAGGUGGCUUCGGACCAGUUUUCAAGGGUACAUUACGUGAUGGCACAAUAAUUGCUGUGAAGCAGCUUUCCUCUCGUUCGAGGCAAGGAAAUCGUGAAUUUUUAAACGAGAUUGGUAUGAUAUCUUGUUUACAACACCCAAAUCUCGUGAAGCUUCAUGGAUGCUGUAUGGAAGGAGAUCAACUAUUGCUCGUAUAUGAGUACCUGGAAAAUAAUAGCCUCGCAAAUGUUCUAUUUGAUUCGAAUCAAAGUCGAUUACUGUUGGAUUGGCCAACAAGGUUUAAGAUUUGUGUUGGUAUUGCUAGAGGAUUAGCUUUUCUUCAUGAAGAAUCGAGGCUCAAAAUUGUACAUAGGGACAUCAAAGCUACUAAUGUCCUGCUUGAUAAAGAUCUCAAUCCUAAAAUAUCGGACUUUGGAUUGGCUAGGCUACAUGAGGAUGAGAACACUCACGUCAGCACACGAGUGGCCGGAACAAUAGGAUACAUGGCACCGGAAUAUGCACUUUGGGGUCACCUGAGUGAUAAGGCAGAUGUAUACAGCUUUGGAGUCGUGGCUUUGGAAAUCGUGAGUGGCAAGAACAACAACAGAUUCAUACCAAAUAACGACAGCGUUUGUCUUCUAGAUUGGGCUUGUCGUCUGCAAAAUAAUAAACACUACGAGGAGAUAUUUGACGAGAGGCUGGAGUCGAAAAUCAACAGAGAAGAAGCAGAAAUCAUGGUUAAAGUGGCACUAAUGUGCACAAAUGGAUCUCCUUCAAUGAGACCUAGUAUGUCCGAGGUAGUGAGUAUGUUGGAAGGCAGAACAUGCAUCAGCGACAUCGAACCAGAAGUAAGCCACUAUUUUGAAGAUUUGAGAUUCAAAUCAAUGGGAGGCGGCCAUCCGACUCAAAGUAGCCUUGAAACUCAAUAUUCUGCUACUAUUCAGAGCGAAUCAUGUCUAUCUCCAAGCGAUCAUUCUGAAAUUGUAUCAGGCGAGCCAAGAUCAUACUGAAGGAAACUCAACUUCAUCUAGUGUUCGUCUCUGAGUCGCAAAACCGACCUGUGUGUAAAAAAGCAAGAAAAUGUGCAAUUUUUGCUGAAAUUUGUAAAUUUAGAGUAAUGUUAACUUCAUUGUACCUAUUAGUGUUACUAUAUAGAGUUGUGCAUAUCAUGGUCUCUAAGGAAAGAAAAGGUAUAUGGAAGGAAAACCCAUCAUCAAUAUGAUCACUUCAAUCCCUUUCAGGGACGUUGUAGGUUUUUUUGGCUGUUAAUUCAGGUUCCAUGGGAUUUGUGCAAGCUGGUUUGGAUGCCUACAGUUAUGAAAAACACCGAAGAUGCAAUGCACGAGUGGACACAAAUGUUGUGAACAAGGUCUUCAGAAUCGGUUCGGUUGUGAAUUUAAAUUACGACCCCGGUCGGUGUAAGCUUUGUAUCAAUGACAUUUUAUCGUGAUUUUAAUCUUUUUGAAGGCUAUUUGAUCAUAUACUUGUGUAUCAAUGAAUGAUAUUUUGUCA